AUGACCUCAGUAGACCCAUUUUAUGUCCAAAGAAUUGCUAGGAGGAGUGGAAACAGAUAUUACGUUUGUAAAAUUUGUGGAUCCUACCAAAGGAACCGAUCAAUUAGACAUAUCAACGAACACACCCCUCAACAAAGAGCAUAUCAACGUAAUAUUUUUCAUCGCUACAUAUAUACACCAAGACAAAUAACAACUAGCUCAACAAGUAACCAACCAGAACAAAUAACUAAUUCCCCAACAGCUAGUUCCCUAAGGCGAACAACUGGUUCCCCAAGGCAAACAACAACUGGCACCACAAGUAAUCAGCAAAUACCAUCCCAGAGUAACCAGCCAAUACCAGUCGUUGACAUAAGGCCAGAACCAGAGAGUCAAACAGCUGAUGUCGUGGAAGAAUCAAGUGAUUCAACAAGGUUACCAGUCGAAUUCUCGGAAGAAAGUACUGAUGAGAGUUCAGACGAUAGCUACCGCGAAGAAGACAAUAAACGUAGAAAAA